CUUUCUCAUGGGAUUCAAGCAUUGAAGUGAUGUGAUGCGAGUACUCUGAAGUGCACACAGGCGAACCCCUCUCACAGAGCAUGCCUCUGAGUCCGGCAGCCGGCAAACAUGAGCCAUCCGAGCAGCAGCGGCAGGAGGAGGUGCAGCAGCUGUGCGCUACCAACGGCAACCAGGGGGACUCGGACAGCUCCAGAGAAGACUGCGUCUACGACACCAUCCGAGCCUCUGCCACCGCCUCUGACAAGAACCCCGGCGGACCCAUGGAGGAGCCCCAGGGUAGCGUCAUCAUCGUCCGCAUAGGGAUCCCGGACCUGCAGCAAACCAAAUGCAUGAAAUUCAACACGGAGGCCCCCAUCUGGACCUGCAAGCAGCGCAUCCUAUGUACUCUGAAUCAGAGCCUGAAGGACGUGCUCAACUACGGGCUCUUCCAGCCGGCAUACAACGGGAGAGCCGGGAAGUUCCUGGACGAGGAAAGGCUGUUGAGGGAGUACCCUCUCCCAUCCAUCUCUCCUGUGCCAUACCUGGAGUUCCGAUAUAAAAGACGCGUGUACGCACAGACCCACCUGGAUGACAAGCAACUAGCUAAGCUCCACACUAAGGCAAAUCUGAAGAAGUUCAUGGAGUACGUCCAGCAGAGGAACGUUGAAAAAGUUUCUAGGUUUCUGGAGAAAGGGCUUGACCCCAAUUUCCACGACCCCGAGACAGGAGAGUGCCCUCUGACAAUGGCGGCCCAGCUGGAGGGCUGCGCAGAGCUCAUCAAGGUGCUGAAGAACGGCGGCGCCCAUCUGGACUUCAGGACCAAAGAUGGCAUUACAGCCCUGCACAAGGCUGUGCGCAGCAAGAACCACACAGCCCUUAUUACGCUGCUGGACCUGGGUGCAUCCCCUGACUACAAAGACAGCCGUGGUCUGAGCCCACUGUACCACAGCUCCAUGGUAGGGGGGGACCCAUACUGCUGUGAGCUUCUCCUCCACGACCAUGCGCAGAUUGGCUGUGUGGACGAGAAUGGCUGGCAAGAGAUCCAUCAGGCCUGUCGCCACGGACACGUGCAGCAUCUGGAGCACCUCCUCUUCUACGGAGCAGACAUGAGCGCGCAGAACGCCUCGGGGAACACGGCGCUGCACAUCUGCGCCCUCUACAACCAGGAUAGCUGUGCCAGGGUUCUCCUGUUUCGAGGCGCAAACAAAGAAAUCAAGAACUACAACAAUCAAACCGCCUUCCAGGUGGCCAUUAUCGCUGGGAAUUUUGAUCUGGCGGAGAUCAUAAAAGUCCACAAAGCAUCAGAUGUUGUGCCUUUCAGGGAAACCCCCUCUUAUACCAACCGGCGACGGCUGGUGGUCAGUGGCCUGCCGACACCGCACUCCCUCCCGCGCUCCGCCAGUGACAACAACCUCCUGGCGGACGGGCGGGGGCCGUACUCACCGGCGCCGUCGCUGCGCAGCCUCCCGCCUGCCGAUGUGGCCGACAGCAGCCUGCAGAGCACCGCCAGUUCACGCAGCUCGCAUUCGCGCUCACCUUCGCUGCACCGCGUCCAGGAGGAGGUCGACAGACUAGGCCCACGGAGGCCCACCCGAGGCCGGCUCAGCCCCAGCACAGUCCCGCGGGAGCCCAGUCCUCCUCCUCCUCCGCAGCCGGCUGCUGUCACCGGGCCCCGGGGGCCCAAGCGGAAACUGUACAGCGCCGUGCCUGGCCGCACCUUCAUCGUGGUGAAGCCCUACACACCCCAAGGGGAGGGUGAGAUCCAGCUAAACCGCGGCGAGAGGGUGAAGGUCUUAAGCAUUGGCGAGGGAGGAUUCUGGGAAGGCACGGUGAAAGGGCGGACAGGCUGGUUCCCCGCAGAAUGUGUGGAGGAGGUGCAGAUGAGACAGUACGACCCGCGGCUGGAAACACGAGAAGACCGGACCAAGCGCCUCUUCAGGCACUACACCGUGGGCUCCUAUGAUAACUUCACCUCAUACAGCGACUACAUCAUUGAGGAGAAGAAUGCCAUCCUGCAGAAGAAGGAGAAUGAAGGCUUUGGAUUUGUGCUGCGAGGAGCAAAAGCGGAGACGCCCAUUGAGGAGUUCACACCCACGCCAGCCUUCCCUGCCCUGCAGUACCUGGAGUCGGUGGAUGUGGAAGGCGUGGCUUGGAGGGCCGGGCUCCGCACAGGAGAUUUCCUGAUUGAGGUGAAUGGGGUGAACGUGGUGAAGGUGGGGCACAAGCAGGUGGUCUCCCUCAUCCGCCAGGGGGGCAAUCAUCUCCUUAUGAAGGUCGUCUCCGUCACCCGCAAGCCCGAGUCAGAGGAGGUCGUCCGGAAGAAAGCCCCGCCACCCCCCAAGAGGGCGCCCAGUACCACACUGACGCUGCGCUCCAAAUCCAUGACAGCCGAGCUGGAGGAGCUGGCAUCCGCAAGGAGGAGAAGAGGGGAAAGACUGGACGAGAUGCUGGCCGCCCAGGAGCCCGUGCUGCGACCCCCCGUGGCUGAGGCUGACUACAGGGCUGCCACUGUGAAGCAGCGGCCGACAAGCAGGAGAAUCACACCAGCAGAGAUCAGUUCUCUAUUUGAGCGUCAGGGAAUGGCUAUACAUGGUGGGCUUCACCCAGCAAUGGACAAAGCCCACAUUCCGUUGCCAAGAGGAAUGUCCAGGACCAAGUCUUUUGGAGCAACUGAAGAGGACCGGAUAUCAGCUUUGCUUAAUGAGCACCGCUUUCCAAGGAGUUCGUCAAUGACAGACAGCCUCAGAGAAAGUCGGAUUAUCCCUCCCCCUCCCCAGACUGCCCCCCCACCUCCACCAUCUCCUUACUACCUUGAUACUGGUCCACCGCCUGCCUUCUGCCCUCCCCCUCCCCCAGGACGAACACACGAUCAAAGUCGCUCCAGCUUUAAACCAGGCUCCGAGGCUAGGAUCCACGGUUUAUCGCAAAUGGUCACUGCAGCUGAGAUGUACGACUCUCCCCGAUCCUCAGCCCAUGCAGAACGCCAAAAGAAGGCCCGCUCCAUGAUCAUCCUCCAGGACUCCUCCCAUCUGCCUGUUGAGCCCACUCACAUCCCCCGGCCCGGGCCUUCCCCCACCCCUCCCGAAAAGGUCAAGAGGAAAGGGAGGGUGAUCGAUAACCCUUAUGCCAACGUUGGCCAGUUUAGCAUAGGGCUGUACACACCCACCAAGCCCCAGCGUAAGAAAAGCCCUUUAGUCAAACAGCUGCAGGUUGAGGAUGCACAAGAGAGGGCAUCCUUAGCAUUAGCCUCUGCCCACUCCCGGGAGCACUCCCCCUCGGGCCGAGUCCCCCACACGAGCAGGGCUGAUUACUACCAGCAGCAGCUCCUACUGGAAAGAGCUCGGACCCCUGGGGAAGGGCAGUCUGCAAAAGGUCCCUUUGCUGCAGCUAUCGCUGGAGCUGUGAAGGACCGUGAAAAACGGCUGGAGGAACGGAGGAAAUCCACAGUCUUCCUGUCUGUAGGCACAGUUGAAAGUAGCGCCACCGCGCCAGAGCAGCCGUCUCUGACACAAUCUCGGUCUGUCGAUGAGCGGCUGCUCAGUAGGGAGCUCAGCCAGCUGCCUCCCCCUGCCCUUGUCUUGCGGCCCUCUCAGAGUGGGACUACCUUCAUUCACCCUCUAACUGGGAAGCCCCUGGACCCAAACUCCCCUCUGGCACUUGCGCUGGCCGCAAGGGAGCGGGCUCUCACAUCCCAGAGCCAGUCGCCUGCCAGCAGCCCAGAGCCAAGGACUAAACAUGAAAAACCGGGGCCUUUGUUUGUCGAUAUCCAGACCAAAGAGGCAGAACGAUCGGAGGCGGAGGGUGGCUUUAUGUCCCCACCUUACUCUCCUGGAGUAAAAGAAGUUUAUGAAACAACACCAGACACAGGAGUUCCCUCCAGAGACCAAUGGGGGACCCCAAACAUGCUUCGCAAGGAAAUUGUAAAAAGAACAGAUAAGACAGAGGAGAGGAAGCAGGAGGACAAAAAGAGCAUGCUCAUCAGCAUAAUGGACACUUCCCAGCAAAAGACUGCUGGUCUCAUUAUGGUUCAUGCAACAAGCAAUGGGCAGUCACUGGGGCUUGAGUUGGAGGAGUCAUCGGUAUCACCCAAAGGGGCAAUAACUGAGCCUUCUGAGCCUACCUUAGCUGAAAUAAAGCAACCAUCAAGCCCAGAAGCCACGACCGCCCAGCAGCCAGCCGCCCCAUCAGGUGAGAAGACGCUGGCUCAGGGUAGCUCUGAGGAAGAUGUGGAGCCUUAUACUGUCACUCUCCCACCUGCCUUGCUGUCCUCCAGUGACGAGGAGACCCGAGAAGAACUCCGAAAGAUCGGGGUGGUGCCGCCACCAGACGAGUUUGCCAACGGCCUGUUGCCGAAGGCAGCCGAUGCAGCUGCACCACCAUUGGCCAAACCGGCUACACCUUCCGCCUCAACCCAAGCAGCAACAGCAGCAGCAGCAACAGCAACAGCAGCAGCACACCUUCCUGCUGGUGGAACACCCUCAGGGAAGCCUUCCGAUGCCCACCUGGUGCCCGAGUCUGCAGCCGACUCUGGAGUGGAGGAGGUGGACACACGCAGCUCCAGCGACCACCACCUGGAGACCACGAGCACCAUAUCCACUGUCUCCAGCAUGUCCACCUUGUCGUCAGAGAGCGGUGAGCCCACCGACACCUACACCUCCUAUGCCGACGGGCAGACUUUUAUACUCGACAAGCCGCCAGUGCCUCCAAAGCCAAAACUCAAGUCCCAGCUCAGUAAGGGGCCGGUGACCUUCAGGGACCCUCUAUUGAAGCAGUCCUCGGAUAGCGAGCUCCUCUCCCAGCAACAUGCGGCUGCGCUGGCUGCGGCCGCCGGCACUGGCCGACCCCGCUACCUCUUCCAGAGAAGGUCCAAGCUUUGGGGGGAUCCCGUGGAGACGCGGCUGCUGCCUGGCUCUGAGGAUGGCAAGCCCACUGUGAUCAGUGACCUGAGCUCCAGGCUCCAGCAGGAAUCGCGUUCACUGGGGGAGGAGCCAAUGGGAGUUCUUGACCCUGGAAGAAAGUCCCCUGUGGCUGGAGCCAGACUAUUCAGUAGUUUAGGGGAGCUCCACACCAUCUCUCAGAGGAGCUACGGCACCACCUACACCAUCCGACCGGGCAGCCGGUACCCUGUGACCCGCCGGACGCCCAGCCCAGGCAGAGGCUCCGCCUCCUCCCCUGACAGGACAGACCCCUUGGGGCUGGGGCGGAGCUACGGCCUGGCCACCUCCCCCACGACCCCACCCACCAUCCUCAAGUCGUCCAGCCUGAGCAUCCCGCACGAGCCCAAGGAGGUGCGCUUCGUGAUGCGCAGCUCCAGCGCGCGCAGCCGCUCACCGUCGCCAGCGCCCUCGCCCACUCUGGGCUCCCCGCUGCUCACCUUACGGCCCUUCCACCAGAAACCCCUGCAUCUGUGGAACAAGUACGACGUGGGCGACUGGCUGGAGAGCAUCAAUCUGGGUGAGCAUCGCGAGCGCUUCCAGGACCACGAGAUCGAGGGCUCCCACCUGCCCGCCCUCACAAAGGAUGACUUUGCCGAGCUGGGGGUGACACGGGUGGGCCACCGCAUGAAUAUCGAGCGCGCGCUGAAGCAGUUGCUGGACAGUUGACCCCACACAGCCCCCACUGAGUUCUCGUCAUCUUUUUUUGUUUUUUAUUUUGUUUUUGGUUUUAUCCCCCCCCCAGAUCUUUUGCUUUCUUCUCACUUACAGUUUCAGUUAUUAUAUUUAUGCUUUUCUCACUGCAUUGCACUGAUUGGAAGAUGGAAGAAUAAACCCAGCUGUCUACCCCCCACUCACCCAGGCUCCGACCCCCCACAAAGCCAGCCCACCCGUCUGUUCGGAGUGAUGUUCUACCUGCAAAAAGUGAAUGUUGCAUGAACUCUAUAUGGAAGGUCCGGUUUGUGAGUGCUCGUUUUUGAACCCUCCGCUCCAGCUGAGAAAUAACAGCUCCGCCCUCUUUACCAUAAAAAUCCACACCAUCACACCAAUCCCAGCAUUCCUGGCUUUCCGGCCUCAUUUUCCGACAUGAGCUACAGCAGAGAAAAAGCCUUGAUGGGAAAAUUCUGUUGCCUUUCAGAAUAUUUUUAAAGAUCCACAAUGAAGAACAGAGUCUUGGGGAAAAAAAAAGACUUUUUCCACGGUGGGGGAAUUUCAACUGCCUCACAAAUUUAGAUUUUCUUUUUUAAUACAGCAUUUACAUUAAUUGAUACAUUAUUUCCGGGGUAAGACCAGACAGCUGCAUCGGAACGUUUCUUAUUAGAUUCUUUCAAUGACUGUGGUAUUUAUUAUAUUAGGAGAAUGUUUAACCAACACUAGUGGCUUUUUUCAUAAUCAAGGUGUUGCUUUGGGAACAAUUAUUUUCCAAAGGGAAAAUUACAUAGAUAUGACAUGUAUUUAGAUGACAACUUAAAAAGGGAAAGAAAUAUAAAAAAAAAACUGUGUCUUUUCACUAGUUGGCGGUUUGACAGUAAACAAAAUCUGUUUCCACCAAUAACUUACUCCUGUUUUUACCAAUUA